GCGCCGGGGCCGGGACGCGGCGCCGCCGGGCGUGAGCGGAGCGGGCUGGUGGGACUGCGAGGCGGCCGCGGCGACCAUGGGGGCGGGCGGGCGGCGGCCGUAGCUGCCCCGAGCUGCGCUUCAGCCUCCCGGGAGCCGGAGGGCGGGGCGGCCCGGCCGCUUCCCCGCUCCCGCCCGCCGAGUCCUGCGGGAGCUCGCCGCGCACCGGGCGGCGCGAAUCGGACUGAGGGGCGGGGACGCCAUCUGCGCCUCGCCGCUCCCGGCCGGGCCGGGCCGGGCCGGGCCGGGCGGGCCCCGCGAAGGCAGCCGCGGGCCCCGCAGCGGCGUGGAGCUCCGCCCGGAGCCGGCGCUAGGCCCCGCGGCGGCCGGAGCUGAGCGCGGGGAGCCGGAGUGCGGGCCUGGCGCUGGCGGCAUGAGCCGGCCCCCGCCGACGGGGAAAAUGCCCGGCGCCCCCGAGGCCGCGCCGGGGGACGGGGCCGGCGCGGGCCGCCAGAGGAAGCUGGAGGCGCUGAUCCGGGAUCCCCGCUCCCCCAUCAACGUGGAGAGCCUGCUGGAUGGUUUAAAUUCCUUGGUCCUUGAUUUGGAUUUUCCCGCUUUGAGAAAAAACAAGAACAUAGAUAAUUUCUUAAAUAGAUAUGAGAAAAUUGUGAAAAAAAUCAGAGGCCUACAAAUGAAGGCAGAAGACUAUGAUGUUGUUAAAGUUAUUGGAAGAGGUGCUUUUGGUGAAGUCCAGUUGGUUCGUCAUAAGGCAUCACAGAAGGUUUAUGCCAUGAAGCUUCUUAGUAAGUUUGAAAUGAUAAAAAGAUCAGAUUCUGCUUUUUUUUGGGAAGAAAGAGAUAUUAUGGCCUUUGCCAACAGUCCCUGGGUGGUUCAGCUCUUCUGUGCCUUUCAGGAUGACAGGUAUCUGUACAUGGUAAUGGAAUACAUGCCUGGUGGAGACCUUGUAAACCUGAUGAGUAAUUAUGAUGUGCCUGAAAAGUGGGCCAAAUUCUAUACUGCGGAAGUUGUUCUUGCCCUGGAUGCGAUACACUCCAUGGGCCUGAUCCACAGGGACGUGAAGCCUGACAACAUGCUACUGGAUAAACACGGACAUCUCAAAUUGGCAGAUUUCGGCACGUGUAUGAAGAUGGAUGAAACAGGCAUGGUACAUUGUGAUACAGCAGUUGGCACACCUGAUUACAUAUCCCCUGAGGUCCUGAAGUCACAAGGGGGUGAUGGCUACUACGGACGGGAAUGUGACUGGUGGUCUGUGGGUGUUUUCCUUUUUGAGAUGCUAGUGGGAGACACUCCAUUUUAUGCAGAUUCACUUGUAGGAACUUACAGUAAAAUUAUGGAUCAUAAAAAUUCACUAUGUUUCCCUGAAGAUGCAGAAAUUUCUAAACACGCGAAGAAUCUCAUCUGCGCCUUCUUAACAGAUAGGGAGGUACGACUUGGGCGAAAUGGGGUAGAAGAAAUCAAACAGCAUCCUUUCUUUAAGAAUGAUCAAUGGAAUUGGGAUAACAUAAGAGAGACGGCAGCUCCUGUGGUCCCUGAACUCAGCAGUGACAUAGACAGCAGCAAUUUUGACGACAUUGAAGAUGAUAAAGGCGAUGUGGAAACCUUCCCGAUUCCUAAAGCUUUUGUGGGAAACCAGCUGCCUUUUAUAGGAUUUACCUACUAUAGAGAGAAUUUGUUAUUAAGUGACUCCCCAUCUUGUAGAGAAAAUGAUUCUGUACAAUCAAGGAAAAAUGAAAUUCAGAAAAAAUUAUAUACAUUAGAAGAACACCUUAGCAAUGAGUUACAAGCCAAAGAGGAGCUGGAGCAGAAGUGCAAAUCUGUUAAUUCUCGCCUGGAGAAAACAGCAAAGGAGCUAGAAGAAGAGAUCACCUUAAGGAAAACUGUGGAGUCCGCACUGAGACAACUGGAAAGAGAAAAGGCGCUUCUUCAGCACAAGAACGCAGAGUAUCAGCGCAGGGCUGAGCAUGAAGCGGACAGGAAACGAAACCUGGAAAACGAUGUUAACAGCUUAAAAGAUCAGCUUGAGGAUUUGAAAAGAAGAAAUCAGAAUUCCCAAAUAUCCACUGAGAAAGUGAAUCAACUCCAGAAACAACUGGAUGAAACCAAUGCUUUGCUGCGAACAGAAUCUGAUGCUGCAGCCCGAUUAAGAAAAACACAGGCAGAAAGUUCAAAACAGAUCCAGCAGCUGGAAUCCAACAACAGAGAUCUACAAGAUAAAAACUGCCUGCUGGAGACUGCCAAGCUGAAGCUUGAAAAGGAGUUUCUUAACCUUCAGUCAGCUCUGGAGUCUGAGAGGAGGGACCGCACUCACGGAUCAGAGAUGAUCAGUGAUUUGCAAGGUAGAAUAUCUGGCCUAGAAGAAGACUUAAAGAAUGGCAAAAUCUUAUUAGCAAAAAUAGAACUGGAGAAGAGGCAACUACAGGAGAGAUUCACUGAUUUGGAAAAGGAAAAGAGCAACAUGGAAAUAGACAUGACAUACCAACUAAAAGUUAUUCAGCAGAGCUUAGAACAAGAAGAAGCUGAACAUAAGACCACAAAAGCACGGUUAGCAGAUAAAAAUAAGAUCUAUGAAUCCAUUGAAGAAGCUAAAUCAGAAGCCAUGAAAGAAAUGGAGAAGAAGCUCUUGGAGGAAAGGACAUUAAAACAGAAAGUGGAGAACCUGUUGCUGGAAGCUGAGAAAAGAUGCUCCCUGUUAGACUGUGACCUCAAACAGUCACAGCAGAAGCUGAGUGAGCUCCUCACACAGAAAGAUGUGCUGAACGAAGAUGUUAGAAACCUGACAUUAAAAAUAGAGCAGGAGACCCAGAAGCGCUGCCUCACCCAGAACGACCUGAAGAUGCAGACGCAGCAGGUGAGCAGCCUGAGGGUGUCGGAGAAGCAGCUGCGGCAGGAGAACAGCCACCUCACGGAGGUGAGAGUGAGCCUGGAGAAGCAGAACGCGGAGCUCCGCAAAGAACGUCAGGACGCAGAUGGGCAAAUGAAAGAGCUCCAGGAUCAGCUGGAAGCAGAACAGUAUUUCUCAACCCUUUAUAAAACACAAGUCAAGGAACUUAAAGAAGAAUGUGAAGAGAAGACCAAACUUUGUAAAGAAUUACAGCAGAAGAAGCAAGAACUGCAGGACGAAAGGGACUCCUUGGCCGCCCAGCUGGAAAUCACCUUGACCAAAGCAGAUUCGGAGCAGCUGGCACGCUCCAUCGCUGAAGAGCAGUACUCCGACUUAGAGAAGGAGAAGAUCAUGAAGGAGCUGGAGAUCAAGGAGAUGAUGGCUAGACAUAAACAGGAGCUCACUGAGAAAGAUGCCACCAUUGCCUCUCUUGAAGAAACCAACAGAACACUAACUGGUGAUGUUGCCAAUCUCGCGAGUGAGAAGGAAGAAUUAAACAACAAGUUGAAAGAUGCUCAAGAGCAGCUGUCACGGCUGAAGGACGAGGAGAUCAGCGCAGCGGCGAUUAAAGCGCAGUUUGAGAAGCAGCUGCUGACAGAAAGAACGCUCAAGACUCAGGCCGUGAAUAAGCUGGCUGAGAUCAUGAAUCGAAAAGAACCUGUCAAACGUGGUAGUGACACUGAUAUGCGCAGAAAAGAGAAGGAGAAUAGGAAGCUACACAUGGAGCUUAAAUCUGAACGUGAAAAACUGACCCAGCAGAUGAUCAAAUAUCAGAAAGAACUGAAUGAAAUGCAGGCUCAAAUAGCUGAAGAGAGCCAGAUCCGGAUUGAACUGCAGAUGACCCUGGACAGUAAAGACAGCGACAUCGAGCAGCUGCGCUCACAGCUGCAGGCCUUGCACACUGGUCUGGACAGUUCGAGCAUCGGCAGCGGGCCCGGAGACGCUGAGGCGGAUGAUGGCUUUCCAGUCCACAUCACUCAGUCCCACACUAUGAAGUCCAUGUCGUUCACCUACCAGCGCUCCUCCACUUCCCUCAAUGUGGCCUCUAAGCCCUCCAGGUCUCACAUGGUCUCUGACUCUGACUCUGACUCAGAAGACGCUUUGUCUUACUUACCCCUUCCAUCGGAACGUAAUGGCCCAGAAUCAAGAUUAGAAGGAUGGCUUUCAUUACCUGUGCGCAAUAACACUAAGAAGUUUGGAUGGGUUAAGAAGUAUGUGAUUGUAAGCAGUAAGAAGAUUCUUUUCUAUGACAGUGAACAGGAUAAAGAACAAUCUAACCCUUACAUGGUGUUAGAUAUAGACAAGUUGUUUCACGUGCGGCCAGUCACACAGACGGAUGUCUAUAGAGCAGAUGCCAAAGAAAUCCCAAGGAUAUUCCAGAUUCUGUAUGCCAAUGAAGGAGAGAGUAAAAAGGAACAAGAAUUUCCAGUGGAGCCAGUGGGAGAAAAAUCUAAUUACAUUUGUCACAAAGGACAUGAAUUUAUUCCUACUCUUUAUCACUUCCCAACCAACUGUGAGGCUUGUAUGAAGCCAUUGUGGCACAUGUUUAAGCCCCCUCCAGCGUUAGAGUGCCGGCGCUGCCAUAUCAAAUGUCACAAAGAUCACAUGGACAAAAAGGAGGAGAUCAUAGCUCCUUGCAAAGUGUACUAUGAUAUUUCGACGGCAAAGAAUCUGUUGUUAUUAGCAAAUUCUACAGAAGAGCAACAGAAGUGGGUUAGUCGGUUGGUGAAAAAGAUACCUAAAAAACCCCCAGCCCCAGAUCCUUUUGCACGGUCUUCUCCUAGAACUUCAAUGAAGAUUCAGCAGAACCAGUCCAUCAGAAGGCCAAGUCGACAGCUUGCCCCAAACAAACAAAGAUUGCUUGAUUUGGCAUUUAGAGACUGGGAUUGGUCGUUUGAUGAUGUUGAUGGUGAUGAUGAUGAUGAUGAUGAUGGCGAUGUUUUUGAUUUCUGAAGAAAUAAAUGUGCUAACUGCCUUCUGUGAAAGCAGUCAUUCAAGGUGAUCGUUUGCUUCCAGUUAAAGCCAAGACUGAAAUAUGAUGGCCCCAAAUUUAUUGAAAAGCGAUGUUUUCCUGAAAGACUAAUCUACAUACAUAUAGAUAUAUGUUCCCUUUUUCCCUAUAAUAUAAAAAUUUUGGAGAGAUUUUCUGGGCUCCUUGGAAGCAACAGGCUGAACCAACAGUGAUUGUUGACAGGAGAAGGACCUCUUGCUCCGUUGCGCUUUCUCGGCAGCCACGCACACUACAUUGCCCUCGAGGAUCGAGAAGAGUGAAAGUGGAAAGAGACUGUCUCUUCAGCUUCAACAGAGAGAUGUCACCAGCACAUCUACCAGAAGACUGGGAGUGGAUUCCACACAGUGACAGACUGCAUCCACGACGUGGCCGUUGUGCUGUACAUAGAUAGAUUCACACACACACACACACACAGUACUGUGAUACUGCAAGGUUUCUAAAGCUUCCUGUUUUAUUUUUUUAUACACAUUAAUCGGAUGUCAUUACUUUGCUGCAGUCACAGCUCUGCACUUGUGUAAAGCCAUAAUGUCGGGGUUCAUCACGCAUCUGUGUGCGCCUGAUGGGAGCUGCAUGUCCAUGUUGAGCAGUCACUGCAACAGGAAGUAUGAAGUUAAUUAAUUAGAGUAGUUCCCUAGUGCUUCGUCAUAGGCACCUUUACCCAUUUUGAAUGCCUUAAUUUAAUUUUCCCUAAGUCUCAACCCUUUUCUGUAUUAAAAAAAAAAAGAAAAGAAAAAAUAGAACAAGUGUUUAUCUACCAGCUCUUAGGAUGCAAAUUUGCUUUGUGAAAGAAAAAUAGUGCACUAUUUUUACACAUAAUAGUUAGAUCAAUGUCAACCUAUUUUGAUUGUAAAACAAAAACAUUUUUUAAUGUAUUGGUCAUAGAAACGAUAAUGGGUAGUAUUGGAACUAAUAUAAUAUCUUCGCUGUAGAUCUGUCCACUUAGCCCUUUUUAUAGACCUCAGUGUUCGUUGCUUUGCUGAGUUUGCUAGCUAUCCUCAGUGUGUUUUAUUUCUGGAAAAGACAUUUGUGACUGUUUGUACAUGUUCACACUCAAGAUUCAAAAACUGUCUCAAAUAUAAAGACAACUAAGACAUAGUGUAGAUAUAUUUUAAAUAUUUAAAUGUGAUCCUCAAACACACAAUUGUGUGCGGCAAUAUUUCAGUACUGGAUAAAGAAAACUCGUAUCUGGGAAGAAGCGGCCUCAAAGGCACUUGCUUUGAUUUUUAUUUUAAAAGCGCUGUCACAGUUAAGGGUUCAUGCAGGCUCAUUCCUGCUGUAUUUCCCAUUAUCCCAGAUGAGGGUGUGUUUAUACUGCAGCAGUAUGCAACAGUGGAAGCAUCGAGGUUAAAAACACACGACAGCCUUCUGUCAGCCGCUCUGUGUGCACGCACAGGGUGUGGUACACUCGCACAGAUCAUCUGGUAGUCAAUGAAGGAAGCAGACUUGCACUGACCUCCUCUGGGUCAGUGUGGAGACGCUGAAAGAGCUGGGUUCUCAUUACAGACACUGUUCCGGAAGUGCAGCGCCCCUGGCUGACGGACGCGCUGGCGGAAGGCUGUCCUCGCACCCGGCAGUCUGUGCCCAGACCAGAGGUGCACAUGCCUUUCCCUCGCAGGUGUGUUUUGCAGUUCCGGUUUGGGGCACAGCUUUUUCUUUUUUUUUAAAAAGUAAGUUUUAAAAAUGAAAGAUAUAUAAAAUUUAUAUAGAAUAAAUAUUUCCAUUCAUUAGAGUUGUUAAAAGGAGACUGAAUAUUUUAUAUAAAGAUUUUGUUACACUAUGGGAGGUUCUAUCCUAUUCUGAAUUGGAGAGUAUAUAUAUAUAUAUAUUUUUAAUAAACUUUAUUAAGGUGAAAUAAUUUCAAGUUUACACAUAAGUAAUUGAAAUAUUUGGGUAAAAAAGGCAGAAGUUUAAAUUUCAAAUGCUGUAUAUAAAUGUGGAGAAUCAUGGUGUGAUGCAACUGUACCAGGAGAAUCAGUGUGACGUUUCUGAUGGGGUGAAGAAAGUCUCCUCCGCGGAGACCCCUCGCGUCGCUGUGGCCCGAUGUCCGCGGAGACCCCUCGCGUCGCUGUGGCCCGAUGUCCGCGGAGACCCCGCGCGUCGCUGUGGCCCGAUGUCCGCGGAGACCCCUCGCGUCGCUGUGGCCCGAUGUCCGCGGAGACCCCUCGCGUCGCUGUGGCCCGAUGUCCGCGGAGACCCCUCGCGUCGCUGUGGUCCGAUGUAGGGUUUCCAAGGUUGUUUGUCCAACAGUGCGACUGCGCUGAAGAGGGAACUCUGGCUCGGGUAAGAGUUCGCUGCCCCCGCCGCUGCCUCCGUGGACGGACGUGAGUGCGUGCCCCCACCCAUGCGUGUCCUUCCCAACACUCAUUAAAUAUGAAACAACCCGA